AUGACAUCAUUUGCAACACCAUUACAACUUGGACCAUUACUUCUCAAAAAUCGCGUGAUUAUGUCAUCAUUAACUCGUGAUCGAAAUCGUGUCCCCGGUCCACUUCAAGUGGAGUAUUAUACACAACGAACUGGUGCCGGUCUUAUACUUACAGAAGGUACACUUAUCGAACCACAGGCUGGUAUUUACUCAGAUGAACAAGUAGCCGGUUGGAAGAAGAUCGUCGAUAGUGUUCAUGCACACAAUGGUCAUAUAUUUCUUCAAUUAUGGCACGUUGGACGAGUCGCUCAUCCACUUCUUCAGGAUGGUCGACCUAAUGUUGCACCAUCAGCAAUAGCAGCUAAAGGUGGUAAAUUUCGACAAUUAGAAGGACAUCCUGGUUUUGUUACACCAACUGCUAUUGACGAUCCAGAACAUUAUAUUGCUUUGUAUAAGCGAGCUGCUGAACGUGCAAAAGAAGCUGGAUUUGAUGGUGUCGAAUUGCAUAGUGCAAAUGGUUAUUUAUCACAUCAGUUUAUCGAUAAUACAUCUAAUCAAAGAACAGAUCAAUGGGGUGGAUCUGCAGAAAAUCGAUGUCGAUUUCCUUUACGUAUUAUUGAUGAAAUUAGUGGUGUUUUUGGAAAUGAUCGUGUUGGUAUUAAGUUAUCACCAAGUGGUGGUUAUAAUGAUAUGGGUAUGACGGAAAAGGAUACUACUGAAACUUUUGGAUAUCUUAUUAAAGAACUCAAUGCUAGACGCAUUGCUUAUAUACAAUUAACACGCUAUUGGCCGUUUCGAGAUCCAGCACAACGUGGAACUUAUGUUGAUAUAUUCCAGUGGAGAAACUUAAUUAAUUCGGAACAUACUAAGUUUUUUGCCAAUACUGAAUAUGAUAGUGAACAAGGUGCAAAAGCAUUAAAAGAUGGUUUAGCUGAUGCAAUCGUAUUUGGACGAUUGUAUAUUGCAAAUCCUGAUCUAGCACAACGUUUGAUUAACAAUGAAGAAUUAAAUACAAAUUUCAAUGUUAAACAUUUUUAUGGAGGUGAUUUUGUAGGAUAUACUGAUUAUCCAACGUAUGAACAACAACAUACCGUGCAUGCUUAG